UGUGGUUUUCUUAAAUAGAAAAUAACCAAAAGUCCAAAACUGAAAGUCCGAACCCAACCCACUCUUCCUCACCCAAAGCUCACCGCAGGUGCAUCUGUUCCACAGUCGCGCGUUGGUUGCUCGUUCCGCUGCCCUCGCCUCCUCCUUUCUCUGCUUGUGCCUCUGCUCCGCCGCCACCUUCUCUUCUGCGCCUCUUUGCUCCGCCACCUCCUCCUCUCUCUGAUCAAGUUAGAUUUGAGCCUUCUUCAAUUAUCAACGACAAGUGAACAGGGAUUUCGGCAACAAUGUCAUCUCUCGGCACGUCCAAGGGGAUUCUUGAGAUUGCUAAGUUUGGGGUCUAUGUCACUGUCCCCAUUGUUCUUAUGUAUACUUUCGCCAACAAUACCAAGAACCUUCAGAAAUUCAUGGGAAAUAAAUCAUACAUCGAAUAUCCCCCAGAGGCACCAAGGCCGCCAUCACCAGAGGAACUUAGGGAGAAGGCUCGCGAGCUGGCUCGUAAAAGGAACAAUCCAUGAUUCUCCUUCUAUUUGGUUGUGCUCUACUUGUUACGGCUCAAUAGUAUUGAUAUUAUACAAUACAUAUGGUUGUGUAGUGAUAAUUUGUAGGGUUUAGCUGUGUUCAAGUUAUCAAUUAAGAAAGUUUUUAUAGAAAAAGAUGCAAAGUUUAAUUUCUAAGACAUUUGUUGUGUAUUUAUUAAAAUAAAAAGUUUGAAAAAAUUUAUACUAGUAA